AAGCGUAUUGAGUCUGAUGUAAUUUCCUGUGUUCAGGCUCUGGCCAGCGUUGACAUCGGCAGUCUGAUCUGUAACGUUGGAGCCGGUGGUGGAGCUGCUCCGGCUGCUGCCGCUGGUGCUGCUGCUGCUGCUCCUGCAGGUGGAGACGCACCCGCCAAGGAGGAAGAGAAGAAAGAGGAGAAGAAAGAAGAGUCCGAGGAGUCUGAUGACGACAUGGGCUUCGGUCUGUUCGACUAAAGCAGCUCUUUUAAUAAAAAACAUUGAAACUGUCAA